AACACCGGCGCGUGACGGCGUUAUUUUAGCAUCGCACAGCGUUUAGAAAUAGGCGUUUCAAACAAACUGCGAUAGAAUACACACACGUAUUGACCCCUUUGGCUUUCACUACAAACGAACCGAUUACUACGGCGCAGUAUUAGCUCAUACAUAUUAAUAGAACACGUAACUGAUUGGACGGGCCAGGAAGGACGUAGACGAUCAUAUUAUCAAUAUUCAUGAGCUAAACCAUAGAAUGGAUUCGUAUUCCGACCACCAGCAAACGCACGCGCAAUGCAGUAUGGGAUUGAAAAGGAAGGUGCGAGACAAAAUAACGCGAACUUGUGUUGUUUUGAGGAACUUUGAGCUUUUAUAGCUGCGCUUCAGGAAACGUCACAAUGCAGAGGGUGAUUUCGUUUAGCAGUGCUUUCAGAGCGACCGUGACAGGACUUGUCUCGUGUACGAGACACGAGAAUGCGUGCAGGACUCCGAUUAGAAAACACAAUCAAGAUCAACCCACCAACAAUACAGUACACUUGAGCUGUUACAGCCUACCGCACAGGACUCUCAUCAGUGUGUCUGGACAAGACACGAGCUCAUUCCUGCAAGGAAUAAUAACCAAUGACAUGGCUCUUCUGGCAGAGGAUGCACUGCGCGCAAUGUAUGCUCACAUUCUCAAUGUUCAAGGCAGGACACUCUAUGACGUCAUGCUUUACAGUUUAAAAGGAAACCCAGACGGAUUGAAUGGUGUGCUUCUGGAGUGUGACAGCACUGUACAGGACUCCAUUAUGCAGCUUCUGAAAGUUUACAAGAUACGUCGUAAAGUGAACUUCAGCUUGUGUCCCAGUCUCUCACUAUGGGCUCUGUUACCUCAAAAUAAAACUGCAGUGUUGGGGAAGUCAAAGCCGGAUGUUACUGCAGCAGAUAAAGUAUUAGUACUGGAACAAGACCCAAGAACUGAACUCAUGGGCUGGAGAAUGAUCACUAGCUGUCGGAAUAACCCACAUGAGGUCGUCUCCGUUUGUCAAGAGAGCAACACUGAAGAAUACCACAGACAUCGCUAUGAAAUUGGACUACCUGAAGGAGUCAAAGAUCUUCCGCCAGGUGAGGCCCUUCCACUGGAGUCUAAUCUUGUCUACAUGCAGGGAAUUAGCUUCAGCAAGGGAUGCUACAUCGGACAGGAACUGACUGCCAGAACUCACCACACUGGUGUGAUAAGGAAGCGUGUAAUGCCUGUUACCAUGUCUGCUCCGGCUGAGACCCUGGACCAAGGUGCCGCUCUUGAGACUGAGGGGGGCAAACCAGCAGGGAAACACAGGGCAGGAAUCGACAAGCUGGGACUGAGCCUCGUACGCUUGGCUCAUGCCAGAGAGCCACUAAAACUUAAAUCCUCUGACGGCGUGACAGUGUCUUUACAGGCUACUGUACCUGACUGGUGGCCAAAAAACAGUAAAGAUAAAUGAAUUGGCAACACUAGAAAGCUCAAAGGCCCACCUGAAUGCUGUAAUUGUAAUGCAGAUCAUAUUUAUUUAGCUAACUUCAAAAUUGAAAACUAUAACUUUUACACAGAAGUCUGUUGAUAAUGUAUUAGUUGACACCUUGAAAUAAAAUGUUUAAAAAAU